GGCAUCCAGCCAACAGCUAUAUAACAUGCACGAAUCAAAGUCCAGAGUCCUGCUAAUCUACCUGAGAGCUAACAGGUGUCCUGCUCUACUCUGAUCUCUAGCAUUUCUCUCACUGUUCUGAGUGAUUCAGAAGUAACAUGGAGCAGAUCACAGACUAUCUCUGCAGGUAUAAAAACUACAACUUCGCUGUCGAUUUCACAACUCCAGAGUACAUUGAUUCCCUCCAGAGCUUUGAAAUAAGAGAUAGUGACAUAUUCCUCGUCACUUAUCCAAAGUCAGGUACUAUAUGGACUCAACAGAUCAUCAUCUCCAUCUGCGACUUAGAAGGAGGUCUGAACAAAUAUCAAAACAACUUGGAGCAGAUGCCCUGGCUGGAGUACAGGGAGUCUAGAGAGGAUUACGCUCUUCGACCCUCUCCACGACUCUUUGCCUCUCACCUCACCCCGACUCUCUUACCUCCAGGACUAAAGGACAAGAAGGCAAAGAUUAUCUACGUGAUGCGGAAUCCAAAGGACAACAUCGUCUCUUAUUACCACUUCUGUCUUAACUGUAGCGACCUGGAGACUCCCAAAAGCUUUGAGGACUUCUUUGAGCAGUAUCUGACAGGCAAAGUGGGAGCAUCUUCCUGGUUUGACCACAUCAGGGAGUGGCAUUUAAAAAGAGACCAGUACGACAUCCUCUUCCUGAGCUAUGAGGACAUGAUUUUGGAUCUGAAGGCGGCAGUGACGAAGAUCUGCACUUUCUUAGGGAAGAACCUGAGUGAAGCUGAUAUUGAGAAAGUUGUGGAAAAGUCUACUUUCAACAACAUGAAGAAAGACUUGAGAGCAAACUACGAGUUUCUGCCACAAGAGAAGGUGAAGGCAGACUUCAUGCGCAAAGGUAAGAUCGGUGACUGGAAGAACACCUUAAGCGCCGCUCAGAGUCAAAGAGUGGAUCAACUGCUGCAGGAGAGACUCAGUGAUUUGUCUCUGAACUUCAUCUGGGAGUAAGAAGAGUUGCAGAGGUUUUUAAUUCUGCAAUAUCUUGUAAAAUGUAUAUUAUAAUAACAACUUCGACAGGUGUUGUUAAUGUGUAACUGUUGAUAUGUGUCACAAUAAUGCUUUAUAACCCCUGCUUGGACUUCUGUACUGGAAAAAUAAAACAGCAAUAAAGUGUUGGAGUCGACACCACAUUUCAGUUCUCUUCAUCUAGAAUUAGAGAAAGGAAGACAGUUUUAUAUCAGUAAGCAAAAUAAGAUUAAUAUGACCCCGGAAGGUGUGUAAGCUAUCUGCUGUCCUGAUGUCAAUGGGGAGCUCAUUCCACCAUUUUGGAGCCAGGACAGCAA